AUGUCACUGAUCGCGUCAAACUGCAUGACACGGGGACCCUAUCCUGACAGCUCCAUUGGUUGCUACAUAAUGAUGAUCAACCGCAUCCGCCGGCAAUGCUCGCUCUCACCUCACCACUACUACCUUGCGCCGGGGGCACCUAUCGUCAGAAGGGUCAUUGUUGCACACGGUAAUGAAGGUCCUCAACACUCCGAAACAGCCGCUGUACCACCGCUCCAUCCCGAGUCAAAACCAACUAUGGCCACUAUGACGAGGAUGAGACCCCGUUUGACAUGGACUACCGCGUGGCCAUGUGCUAUUUAUGAAGACCAAUGGCCGGGGUGCUUGGUCCGGACCUGGUGGACCAAGCGACACCUAGGCCUCGGGGUUUCCUUUCUUCACCUUCCUGAACUUCUCUGCGGCACGGCACACCUGAUAAUUCGACCCCGGCCAAACAGCGGUCAAAAGGGUUACAACGAGGGUCAAGCUUCUGUAACGCUACAGGCGGGCAGCGUCUCCGGAUGCGCGAGGAGCCUUCUUGGUGAACCGCGAGAGUGUCUGACUGUCUGGAACGCUUUGCUCAGGCAACGACAGUCGGUCAAGUUGUACAAAUCUUGGGAUGUGACGGACGGCGAGCAUGUCAAGGUUGACAGGGCUAGCGGAUGCAGGCUGGCCGCUGGCGAAAUCAUGGGCCCGGGUCGUCGCCAUGCUGGAAACACUGGAAAUGACGACGGCUCACGGCCGCGGCAGAGCGGGGGCCAAAAACACACCUUGCCAUGCGCCGGUAGCCUUCAAAAGGGGGGGAGGGUAGCAGGAUGGCAGAUCCCUCCAUCAACCUCCCCCAUCACUACGUGUACAGAUACAGGACACUGCCGUUAUGCAUCACUUAGCCCAAUAUCGCAUCGCGGGGAGGUGGGCGAUACGGCCGGUGAGGCCCGCGAGAUGAUGUUGGUGGGCAUAGUCAAAUUGUCUCUCACUCAUGACAUCGAGCCUACGGGUGAUGAGAGACAAAGGUUGCAAAGAGAAAGGAGAUAUUUGCCAUUCCACGGCUCGGAAGGGCAACGGUCUUGGACUCACGGGGGAGCUCGAUUUGGGGAUGGAGGCAAGGCGAGCAGGAACGGCGAUGGGCACAAGCACGGCGGGCAUAUCCCAGCCCAGGCCCGGCUAGCCCAGGUCGACCUACCGUCAAGCACAGUUCAGUUGAGUUGUGAUACGUACUCCGUACAGCUGGAGCGACCAGACGCGGGUUGCAGAGGUCAUGGCUCACGCCCUCUCCCCAAGUCUCCAAUGGCCUGGGACCCAGCUGGUGGCCGUGGAAGCGACGACAAACGCAAGUGGCUACUGGCAGCAGUAUCGCGCGAGUACUUUGUGGCGGUCGAGUACCCGUGGGAAGCGCCAUGCCGCGACCCAAUGCUGCUCGUGUUUCCCGGGUUUAGCGACGAAGGACUGGGGUGUCUGGGAGGAAUGGAUCCGUAUAGAGAGGAAGGGCGAGCGAGAGGAGGGGGCUCUAUGUGUGGAUGCAGCACUCAAGGUGGGAUUUCGCGGGAGAAGGGAACCGGGAUCAAGAAGAAAGAUACAAAAGUAACGAGGCACCCGCCGAGACCAGCGUCUCGUCCCUGUUACCCCGAGAGGUAUUUCUCGUUCCCUUGCAAUUGCGGUCGCAUCCCAGCGUGGACGUUGAAUACGGACGACGGACACACAGAGAUCCUUCUUCUUAAUUAUUUGGCCAUUGUAGUUGAGCUUUGGCGAGUGAGCGCGGUAGCCCUUGGCUCGCCUACACCUCAGACUUUCGACAGUGCCGGCUUGUCAACGACUGGUUCAUACCUUACCUUGCCUUGCUUUCCUUGCCCACCACGACGGCUACGGGGACGAACUAAGGCUGCGGCUACAGAUGCCAGACGCUUCUGCGGAUACAUUCUACAGUUCAUCGGAGUAGGUUCGCUACCGCUACCACUACCACUUGCACUUCCACAUGAUAUGAACAUAUUCCCUACCCUCUGCCCCCCCUUCGUCACACUUACACUUUCUUGUCAUCUCACUCUUUCGCCCAUCCCACCCGUCAACAUCCGACACCACCAAAACUAUUUCCUCUUCACAGUCACGCAGCCUAACUCAUCAGGCAGGGCAGAUUCAUCGCGCUCUACACGUUCACUCUCUACACCCCUGAGGCAAACGGUGCGCGGCAGGCAAGGUUCAAGCAUCGAUACAGACGGAUAUCCCUACCCGUCCAGCAUUCUUGACUUGAACUGGCAUUUAUACCGGUGGCUCGCGACGUGGGAAAUUGUCUCGUCACUCUUCAGUGUUCCACCCCCCGAACAGGCGCAGCAUAAUCGCGCAGAGGCGCACGGUACCUUUAAGGAGAACAACGCCGGCGCAGCGCGAAUAUUCAUCUGCCUGCUUCCGUCUCAUACGCACACUCACAACACACACAUCUCACCACUGCCAUCACCUCUCUCGGCACGGGCAACCAUCCAACUACCACCGAUCCCAAUUUCGACCUUGAGCGUCCCCAUCGUCAUCGUCAUUGUCAUCCCUGGCCGGACGCAACCGCAAUACGAACCCCGUCCGGCCGAUUUCAUCUGGAGCACCUACUUCUUCUCCAACGCAGACAGAACAUCGCAUCUGCGGAUACUCCUAGCUCGUUUCCUCGUGUCGGAUCCAAGGCUGCAGCCAAAAACUCCAGACAAGAUCCCAAUAGGGAUAUUUCAUGUGAGUGAAUCUCUAACGUGUCUGCUGCCCAAUGUUCGCUCCAACUCUUUUGCAUCUGCGUUUCUUGUCUCCUUCAUCUGCCGCCCAAAGACCAAACAAGGCAAGGGCAGAAACUCUCUUGACGGCGUCGAGCAUCCGUACAGGCCGGGACGCUGGGUCGGGCUGUUCCCAUCCAAUUUCUCUCACACAUAUUCAUACACCAAGGGCUGCACAGCCUCAGGUCUCAGCGGCAUCUUUCUCACCAAUUUCUGCCCUUGUUCCACCCCCGGAGCGGACAAGACACCGCUCUCGCUCUCUCGUCCUUCCCAGCAAGCAAUUAUUUGUCCCACGCCCCUCCCCCCGCCGACGCCCUCUAAAAAAGAAGGGAAGAAAAAAGUCCAAAGCUCAAGCUCCCGCGACCUCCGCGCGCCGCGUACCGAAGCACCGCCGGCGGCAGAAAGCAGCAACAGCUCCAGCUGCUACCUUAGCUCCAGUUCCAGUCCCAGCACCACCUUGCCAGCUGCAGCUGCACCUGUACUUUGUACCAGCACUCUGUCCCGCCAGCAAAGAGUGUCAUCAUUGCGCUUGAUUACCACCUCACUCUCUUUUUUUCCCUCUUAUAACAGGUCCCCAUUUCUUACUCAUCCACAUCGACCUCUCACGGAAGAUCAUCUCCCAAGAGACUCUCCAAGUCCGGAAGAUAUCGAGGCGCCCUCCCUGUCUCAAAAAGCCGCUCGCUUGCUCGCCUCGGUCCUUCAGCCCAACGCUAUCAUAGCUGUUGCUGACUUGGCUCGGCCCGAAUCGCUGAUUCUGGCUCUCAUUGACGCGCGCGAACACCUGCGCACCCUUUUCGUCAACAUCAUCUCUGCCGAAGCUCCCCGCCGACUGACUAUUCACUCACCACGCGACGAUUAUCCGUCAACUUACCUUGCCGCCGGUCGCUUGCUGCAUCUGCGCAGCUAUUCUACCACGGCACAAACAUCGCUUGCUCGGCCUAACGCGCCUGCAUAG